AUGGUCCUCGGUUUAUCGACUUGGUGGGGCGGUGUGCAAAAGAAUGAGCACAAACUGGCAGAGCAAGCGAAACCCGAGGUGAAAAGAAAAAGACGCAGGGCUGAGCCGUCCUCUGUCGUUCCCAGCGGGAGUAAGGAGCACUUCCCCGGGAUGGUCAAUCUCAGUGGGACAUUGUGCUACAUGAAUUCGGUCCUUCAAUCAACGGCGUCUCUAUCCUCCAUUAUCUCUCACCUGGAACAUGUCAUAGAUCUUGCUGUUGAAGCCGACAUGCCCACCCACGUAGCCGACGCUCUUCUGGAGGUUGUUCGUGAGCUCAAUACUCCUCAUAAGAGCCACCCACCGGCUCUCCGACCUCAUGGACUCUUACAAGCUUUGUACCCUCUCCCAGCUGUUCGGCGCUUAUUAGGGACGGGGGAGCAGCAAGAUGCCCAUGAACUCUUUCUGGUGCUGGCGGAAGCGAUCUCGGAUGAGGUAGUCAAGGUUGCCAUUGAAAUCGCCAAGCUGCGUGGGUUGGGAGACCUGUUGCCUCUACAAGGUUAUGCGGCGGGGAACGGCGGCGGUCAACCUUGGGAAGGGCUAUUGGCGAGACGGAGAGUCUGUCAAAGAUGCGGAUGGAGCGAGACUGUCAGAUUGGAGACGUUGAGUGGUAUGGAGCUUCCUGUGCCGCUGCAUGGUGAUACGACACUGGAUGCGUGCAUAUCACUUUACCUUGCCCCCGAACAGCUCACGGACGUCACCUGUGAGAUGUGCUCUCUGGAAGUCACAUUGCAACACUACGUAAUGGAAGUUGAACGACUCUCUAUGCCUGCAAGUGAGGCGUCUCAGAAGCCUCGGUCAAAAGCCAAGCUUGACUCGAAGGGAGACGAACCAGUAAAGUCUGGGUCGUUCUCGGCAUUGGAAAACUCACCCACACCUACUGGGGGCGAGGCUCAAGAGAUGACGGCAAGUCGACGAAAGCGCGCGCGCGAUGCUCGCAGGGCAGAGACGCGGUUGCGUGAGAUGCUAGAGUCCAAGACUGUGAGCAACUUUGGCGAACCCAGUCUCGUCCCUCUCCCAUCCUCUGGCUCGACGGCGCCCAUUUCUGUCAAAUGGCUCACCGCCCGCACCUCCUCCACCCGUCAAGCGGUCGUGACUCGUCCGCCACAAACUCUGCGCCUGCACUUCAUCAGGUCAGAAUUUACGAUGUAUGGGACUGUACAGAAGAAAAUUGCCAGGGUGGCUUUUCCGAUGGUUCUAGAUCUGACGCGCUUCGUCGCGAAUGGGGUGUGGGAGGACAUGAGUGGGGUCAAGAACAUGCUGGCAGCUAUGGGCGGACAAAAUGACCCGUCAGCCCCGGUAGAAAGAAGAGUCCUCUAUAGGCUCGAGUCAGCUAUUCUCCACUAUGGCUUCACUCACUCUUCAGGUCACUUCAUCUGCAUACGCCGGAAGCCUUCCACCCCCUCUGCUACUGCCGAAGACCAUUCACUGCGUCCAUCAGUGGCCUCCAGGAGCUGCCCGGAAGGUUGCAAAUGUGAAGACUGUAUACUUUUCGGGCCUGUGAGAGAUCCUCAGCCUAGUGGUCCGGGGAAGGGGUGGUUGAUGAUCAGCGAUGCGGAUGUUGAAGAAGUUGGUGAAGAAGCUUUGAAUGAGGUGAGGGGUUCGGUGGUAAUGCUGUUCUAUGAGCGUAUUGCCGAAUACUCGGGGCAGAAGACGUCUGUCAAAGAGAGAAAGACAGAGGAGGUCGGCGAGAAGACCAGGAUUGAUCAGAGGGAGCCCGAAGAAGAAACGCGGAUGGCUAUAUGA